AUCAGGAAAAGGAUGUAAAAGAUACCCAAAGAAUUGAUCACCAUCAAUCAGUGGUGAUACUAGUGCUGCCAGGGAGACUGUUCACGUCGCAAAGUAAAACCCAUCACGCAGCUUCAGCUGAAAUACGUCUCUGCAAAAACCUGCUGCAGCUGUUUCAAGAUGCACAAUAAGGAGGAACUAGAACAAAAACGGGCUGCAGGGUCGAGUUAAAAAGCCGUUACCGUAGCAACGUCACAAAACAACCUGUUUACAAUCUGCCAAACAACCAUAAACACUAUGAAGAGUUCACACAGAUAAACCACCUUUACUGCAAUACUUUAACUACAUCAAGCUCAUAAUACUGAUGUACUUUUAAGGAAAUGACCAUAAUGAUGGACACCGGUGGACUCAAAAACAAGAAGGAAAAUAUGUGAUUCAGGUCAAUCAGGUUCCCUGUAACGUGAACUGUUUGGGAGAAAAACAUAAGUGGGGGCCCAUUGAAUGUUUCAGGUGCCCUUUAUAUUAUUUCGCCCCGGCCCUGCGACAGCCUGAGUCCACCACUGCACUCCAGCAGAAGGAUGGAGGAUGAAGCCCUGCUCUGAUUGGCUGGAUGGAUGCAGAGCUCAGAGAUGCUACAGAAAGUGAAAGUGUUUGAGAAAAGAUCAGCUGAGAUGCUCUGAAACUGAAACUGCUUCACUGCAGCAGCAGCAGGUUCAUCUGCAUCACCGGGUCCUGUUUGCUCUGGAUCCUGGUCCUGAUGAGUCCGAUGUGGUCCUCCUUUGUGUCCAGCAGGAGUCAGCAGAGCAGCAGAGCAGGAGGCGAUGAAGAGGAGAACCCAGGAGGAGACAGGAGGAGGCUGCCCAGACUGAAGAUCCCUGGAAAGAUCUGGAAGAACAGCAAACAGAAGAAGAACCCUGCUGCAGAGGAGGAGCAGGAGGAGGUGCAGGAGGUGCAGGAGGAGCAGGAGCAGCUGGAGGAGACCAGCAGGAGGCUGAUCAUCAGGGAGGAGCAGCUGUUCUGUCAGGACUGUGUUGAUGAGGAGGAGGAGGACCAGCUGCAGAGAGAGCUGGAGGCUCUGCAGCUGCAGAUACUGAUGGUCAUCCACAACACCUUCACCUCCUCCUCCUCCUCCUCCUCCUCCUCUUCGGGGGAGGUGGGGGCCCUGCGGAGCGCCGUGGCCUCCAUCCAGCAGCAGGAGGAGCAGGACCGGCGGUGGGCGGGGCGUCCUGCGGGCCGAGUGCCGGCGUGGCGUCCUCAGAAGUGUCUCAGCAGUCACAACACGCUGCUGUGUAACAUGGUGGAGUCCAGACUGACGGAGGCUGCAGACGACGAGUCAGGAGGAGCCGACCAGCUGUCCUCACCUGUGAAGAGGGAGGUGUGUCGUCUGGGGAAGCGUGUGAAGGAGGACCUGCUGACGGUGGUGAGGAUGGUGAAGGAUUGUUACCCUCCUCAGAUGGACAUCCUGAACGUGUACGCGGGACUCUACCAGCAGAGAUUCUCCGCUCGGCUGAUCCGGCUCGCCGCCUCGGGUCUGGAACCAGACGACUGCAGCUACCUGCUGUUCUGGGUCAACCACUGCUACCCACAUGACAUAUUAAAACAUGAAGAACUGGAGGGAAAGAUAAAGACGGCCUGUCUGGGUUCUCUGCUGCUGCAGGACGAUCUGACCCGGCUGGAGGAGCAGUAUCUGACCCACACAGAGGACAAAGUGAAGUUGUGGCUCAACACAGCGCUGAGGAAAGAAGAGGAGAGCUGGCUGAGCGGCAAAACACCUGAGCUCAUCGACCACUACUACUUCAGUCCACUGGCUAUAGACGUCAUACAGGUGUUAGACGGCUCCCUGAAUGAGUUCAGGUGUGUGAUCAGAGAGCAGAGCAAAGCUGAGAGGAUCACAGCUCACCUGGAGAGCUUCCUCAGCAGCUAUAAGAAGUCUGUGGAGGAGUUUGUGAAGGGUAACCACGGUAACGUCCGUUCAGUGAUGAAAGCUCACCUGGUCUGCGAGGAGCAGUUCAGGGAUUACAUCACAGGAACAUGUGUGACGGAGCAGCAGAGACGCCGUUGUCUGGACACUCUGUCUGCCCUGAAGGAUUGUGGGUACAGGUGUCUCACCUGUCCCAGCCAGCUGAAGGUGUGUUGCAGUCAGCUGUGGACGUCUGGUUGGUUGGACGGGUCACUUCCUGUCGUGGACUCUCUGCUGGACUCUCUGAACCAACACCUGAGUGACCUCAGUGACCUGAAACCAGCCUGCAGACAGGCUGUGCUGUCUGUCCUCCAUCAGGAUGUGGCUCUUCAGUAUGUGAAGAGGAUGAUGAAGACCAGGAGGAAGAGCAGAGAGCAGCAGGUGGGCGGAGCUCAGCGGAUGAUCGAAGACUCCCAAAAGAUCAACGAUUUCUUUGCUGAGGGGGGCUGCAGUGACUCCUCCUGGCUCGGUUCGAUGCUCUGCAGCAUCGCUGAGAUUCUGCGUCUGCAGGAUCCUGGAAGUGUUCAGCUGGAGGUCGUCUUACUGACCAGGACGUUCCCCGACUUCAGUGACGCUCACGUGUCGGCGCUGCUCUCUCUGAAAACCGGCCUAUCAGCUGCUGACGUUCGCUCCAUCAGGCGCAGCGUGGAGGAGAACCGCCCCCUCGAUGCCUCCUCCAAUCACGGCCCGCCGUUCUUCUCCAUGGUCAAAGUCAAAUGGAUCAAUAACAAGAUCAACCAGAUGGGGCUGAAGACCUGAAGAAUGUUAGCAUGUUAGCAUGUUAGCACGUUAGCACAUCAGCACAUCAGCACAUCAGCAUGUAACCAGCAUCAGUCAGUAAACAGUGUUUCUGUUUGUCGUGUUGUUAAGUUAAUGUUUACGGUACAGACUGGACAUUUUAUUUGAAAGAGGUUGCCGUUAGUAACAGGCGGCCAUGUUGAAGACGAGACACGUUCAGAAAAAAGCUUCAGGUGUGAAAUAUAAAGACGUGGAGUUCCUCAGGGUUCAACUCUGGGUCCCUUUUUGUUCCUUUUCUUUAUCAAACUGUAAGAAAACUGUUUUAAUGGUCGUGUUUAAUGUGCUGUAACGUAGCUGGCUACCAAUCAAUCAAUCAAUCAAUCAAUCAAUCAAUCAGUCAGUGACUUUAUUUAUCCCCAAAUCAUUUGUGCAGCAGUGAAACACAGGAUGACGACACACAAACACAUCUUAUAAUAAGUUCAAACAUUGAGUGAAAAUGUGAAUAUAAAUAUGAAAUAUUGAUCAGCUGAUGACCUUUAAGAACAGACGUCAUCGUGAAACUUUGACUUCAAACAACAACAAUCAGACGGAUUCUGAGGAAAGAAUAAAUCAGAUCAAUCGAUCGAUCGAUCAGGAUUCUGUUUUCAGCUCAGUUUGAGGUUCAGACGUCCUGCUGAUGUUUGUUUGUUGUUUAUUUAAAGUCCAACGUUUCACUGUGAUCUGAAUCAAUAUGAUGAUUGAUCUGAUGUAUCAAUAAUGUUGAAAACAACAGACGGGAAAUAAAAG